UCCCUCAACCCCUCCCACUCCCUCCCUCCCGGCCAGCCUUGACUGUUUACUCUCUCUGGGGGUUAACAUUUAACAUUUAUACCGGAGCACCACAGCUGACUACAUCCUCAGAGAUUGUGGACAGCAACCUUCCCAAGUUACUUGGCACUUUGGCUGGCAAACCUUUGAAGUGAAUUGUACGAUGGGACCUCGGACAGCUGUCACUCCAUCUAAGGAAAGAAAGAUGGUGUCUGGGGGGCAAGAUAACAGUCUUAGUAGUGGCAACAGCGGGUAUUGUAACAGAGGUCCCAUGCUUACCCCUACCUCACCUGUGCUGUCAAACCCCAAAUCAGUGCUAAAGAGACAAGUAAGUCCAGAGGAGCUGCAGAGACCAGGUGGUUCAUACAUAAAGAGGACGUUUACAAUUGUGGGUGAUGCGGUGGGCUGGGGCUUCGUGGUCAGGGGGAGUAGGCCAUGUCAUAUCCAGGCAGUGGACCGCAGUGGCCCUGCAGCAGCAGUAGGAGUGAAAGUGUGCCAGUUUGUGGUCUCUGUCAAUGGUCUGGACGUCCUGUCUCUAGACUACAAGACGGUCAGCAACUUCAUCCUCACUGGAUCGCGAACCGUGGUCAUGGAGGUUAUGGAGGAGUCUGAUUGCUGAGGAUGAGGUUGUAUUGUAUUCGGUUACAGUCAACUUAAGGCCUCAGUAACCCAUUGGCUCUUGGUGGUCAAAAGCUUAGAGUAAGAAUGUGGACUGUAUUGGCCGAAAUAAAUCCAUAGAAACCUUACGACCUUGAUAUGGAGCCAAAUGGACUUAGCUACAUGAUCGACUUGAGACGCGGGUCACAGCAACAGAAACCUGACGAGCCCCACUGUGAAGCCAUGUGUGCUUACAUCAUCAGUCUGAGACUCUGACCAGUGUUCCGUGGUUAACAUGGAUACAGCUUGUGUUUUUUGCUCUUUCACAGCGGUUUAGACUUUUGACCUGUGCGCCUACUCCUUGCCUGCUGUUUGCUUUUCCAUCCACUCCCUCGUUUGCUCCAAUGGAGGGUGCCUUCCUAGAAAGACAAGUACUUAGGGUGUUGUUGAUUAAAUGAGGUGGCACAUAUUGUAAACAACACCGCACUUUGUGACGUGGCAGAGGUGUUUUUGAGUACAGUAGAAUUUGUUUUGAUGAAUUAGCUUUGCAUUUUGCUUGGAAUAUGUUUGGCAUUGAAUGCUAAAGUUUGGUAGCAGGAGUAACUUAAACCUUAUAUUCAUAUUGGACUGAAAAUAGCACAAUACUGUCAAACAGCAGAUCACAUACUUUCUAGCAGCAUAAAAAGGCUUGGAUGUCAUCUUGGUUUCUGAUUCCACCGCAAUAUUUUUGGAAACCUAAAAUACUGAUAAAAGUUCAAAUAAUCAAACAGUAGUAGCCUAUCAACAUGUGAAUCCUUUUUUAUUUUUGAAACAACAAAUGAAUUGAUUAUGUCAAAACACUUCACAGGGAAAUAGAUAGACUUUGCAGUGAUAUUGUGCAUUUUGUAAAACAUGUCAUGUGUAAUACCUGAACACAUAGUCCAACAUAAGGUAUAAAGGACCCAAAUCACUAAAGGAGUUGUACUUUUAUAUAGCCAUAUAGGCUGACCCUAUACAUUUGCUAUGGUCAACUUAUCUUUAAAGGGUAUUAGUGCAGACCAGGCCAGCAAAGUGUAUCUGAAUUUGUGUUAGCGUCUGAUCAGUGUGAAAAUAUUUCAAUUAGCCAAUGAAUUAAUAAAAUAAAGUAAUUUCAUUGAAAAUGUUAGCAAAUGUGUAUUUGAAUCAAUGUUUAUGAUAUUAAAGCAAUAAUAUGAUUCA